AUGGCACUUGAGGCAAUCCGCUACCAGAGGGGUAAGCUGGAAAUCCUGGAUCAACUAUUGCUACCUGAUGAAACUCACUACCUUACAAUCACAGACACAGAAGAUGGUUGGAAAGCAAUAAAACAAAUGCAGGUUCGAGGAGCACCUGCUAUUGCAAUUGUUGGUUGCCUGAGUUUGGCAGUAGAAUUGACUGACAAAGACUUUGCAACACUUGUGGAGUUGAGGGACUUUGUGGAAGAGAAACUUGAUUACCUGGUGUCUGCUCGUCCUACGGCAGUUAACAUGGCUGAUGCUGCAGCAAGAGGAAAGGCUUUGAUAAGACAGCUUGUUAAAGGAGAUGAUUACACAUCAGAGGAGGCCAAGCUUUUGCUGAUCAAGGAAUAUGAAAGCAUGCUGCAGAAGGACAUCGAUGUGAACAAGAGUAUAGGGCAUUUUGGUGCCAAGCACAUUUUGCAACACAACAGUGAACAACCAGUGAACGUCCUGACUCAUUGCAACACUGGAUCACUGGCCACCGCUGGUUACGGAACUGCUUUAGGGGUCAUCCGAUGUCUUCAAGAGCACAAAAAACUAAAUCACGUAUACUUCACGGAGACCAGACCUUACAACCAAGGUGCCAGGUUGACUGCUUAUGAGCUAGUUCAUGAGAAGAUUAAUGCUUCUCUCAUCUGUGACAGUAUGGCUGCUGCGUGUAUGGCAGAAAAUAAAAUUCAUGCUGUCAUUGUUGGGGCUGAUCGAGUGGUUGAAAAUGGAGACACUGCCAACAAAAUCGGAACAUACCAGUUGGCCAUUGUCGCUAAGUAUCACAGUGUACCUUUCUAUGUGGCAUGCCCAAGGACCACUUUUGACCCCCAGAAAAAGUCUGGCAAGGAUAUACACAUAGAGAUCCGUCCUUCUCAUGAAAUGACGACAAUCAAGGGCAUCAGAAUAGCUGCUGCAGGUAUCGAUUGUUGGAACCCAGCCUUUGAUAUAACUCCAGCCGACUUGAUCACAGGGGGGAUAAUCACUGAAUUUGGUGUUUUCAAACCUGAAGAGCUGAAGGUCAAGUUUGAAGAACAUGAAAAAGAUGGCAACUGCUAG